CCUGACCUGAUGCGGGCGAAGGAAAUAGGGACAUAGAACAGAGGUGAUGUGCACACAGGAGGGUACUAUGACAGGGGAGCACGAACAAACGGGUCACACGUUGAACUCCCUGAUGCAGGUGCGGAGAAUGAGCUGAGGAGACACGCGCGGCAACUGUGAAGAUGCCCGAAGGUUGUCUCUCAAGACCGGAGGGUGAGCUUUGCCAAUGACUAAUCCCGGUCCUGAAGAUUGAUACUCUUGUCACCUGCACGCUGGACCCAAGCCCAGCAGGGAAGUGGAGAGAUAAGCCCUUGCCUGCAGCUGAAGCUCCAGCCUGCCAGGGCCACCUGCCUUUUGCUACUGCAGAACAACUAGGGGCUGUCAUUGCUGCCUAGGCCACCUCUGUCCUCCUGCAGACGCUGACAUGGGCUCAUCGCAGUGACCACCUGGGGCCCAGACUGCCCUUCGCAGGGAAUUAGUAGUGGCUGCCUCUGCAGGCGAGUGGAGCCCCUGGAUGGAUCUUGGGACCCGAGCCCCUCAUGUCUGCCCUGCUGACGCUGUGUGUGGCACUCUUGCUUCUGGGUACCCCCCGUUGUGGCGCCCAACACUGGAAGCCCUGCACAGACCUUCAUCCCCUGGACAUCCUGGCAGAGGCGGUCCCUACGAACGGUGCUACAAGUGGGAUCCGGAUGGUGCAGGCCGAGGGUGUGCUGGGGCUCCAGUUCUCAGCCACUGAGCCUCGUACCAUGAGCUUCCCGGCCUCUAGAAUCUUCUCCAGCUGUGACCUCUUCCCUGAAGAAUUCUCCAUUGUUGUCACCUUGAGAGUCCCCAGCCUUCCACCCAAGAAGAAUGAAUACCUGCUCUCCCUGCUGGCGGAGGAGAGGCACACACUGCUGCUUGGCCUGAGGUACUCACCCACACAGCUGCACUUCCUAUUUCUCACCGAGGACUUGGCUGGUGCCUGGCAGACCCGUGUGUCCUUCCGGAGCCCCGGCCUCGUGGACAGCCAAUGGCACACGCUGAUCUUGGCUGUGUCCCAAGGAUCCUUUUCCCUCACCAUGGACUGUGGCUUCCCGAUGGACAUAAUGGCUGACGUUCCCUUCCCACCCACCCUAUCAGUAAGAGGAGCCCGGUUCUUCAUUGGCAGCCGGAAGAGAACCAAAGGCCUAUUCACAGGCCUGAUAAGGCAACUGGUUCUGCUGCCUGGCUCAGAUGCCACCCCAAGGCUAUGUCCCAGCAGGAACGCCAGGCUGGCUGAACUGUCCAUCCCCCGGGUGCUGAAGAGGCUCACAGAGAAGCCUGAUGCUAACGAUGUGCUGAAAUAUCCCUAUGAAGCUGACAUGAAAGUAACCCUGGGAUCCCAGCCGCCAUGCACCAAGGCAGAGGGUGUCCAGUUCUGGUUUGAUGCUGCCCAAAAGGGGCUCUACCUGUGUGCCGACAGCCAGUGGGUGUCCGUGUUGACAGCCAAGACCAAGCUGGACUACGUGGAGGAACACCAGAGUCUGCACACCAACUCAGAGACCCUGGGCAUUGAGGUAUUCAACAUCCCCGGCGUGGGACUCUUUGCAGCCACGGCCAAUAGGAAGGCUAGAUCCGCCAUCUAUAAAUGGACAGAUGGGAAAUUUGUCUCCUAUCAGAACAUCGCCACACACCAGGCACAGUCGUGGCGACAUUUCACCAUUGGGAAAAAGAUCUUCCUGGCCGUGGCUAACUUUGGGCCAAAUGAAAGGGGUCAAGAGUUCUCGGUCAUCUACAAGUGGAGCCCCAGAAAGUUGAAGUUCACCCUCUACCAGAGGAUUGCCACCCACAGUGCCCGGGACUGGGAGGCCUUUAUAGUGGAUGGAGAGCACUUCCUGGUGGUAGCCAACCACAGAGAAGGCGACAACCACAACAUCGACAGCGUGAUCUACAGGUGGAACCCCAGCAGCCAGCUCUUUGAAGCCAAUCAGUCCAUCGCCACGUCCGGUGCCUACGACUGGGAGUUCUUCACCGUGGGGCCCUACUCCUUCCUGGUGGUGGCCAACACCUUCAAUGGCACCUCCACCCAGGUGCACUCCCACCUGUACAUCUGGCUCGUGGGCGCCUUCCAGCUUUUCCAGUCAUUCCUGACCUUCGGCGCUGCAGACUGGGAAGUCUUCCAUAUCGGCGAGAGGAUCUUCCUCGCUGUGGCGAACAGUCACAGCUACGACGUGCAGAUGCAGGCGCAGAACGAUUCCUAUGUCCUCAGCUCUGUCAUCUACGAGCUGAAUGUCACAGCACAGAACUUCGUCAAGUUCCAGGACAUCCCCACCUGCAGUGCCCUGGACUGGGAGUUCUUCUCUGUGGGAGAAGAUCACUUCCUGGUGGUUGCAAACUCCUUUGAUGGAAACACCUUUUCAGUGAACAGUAUUAUUUACAGGUGGCAAGGCUAUGAGGGCUUCGUGGCGGUCCACAAACUCCCCACCUUUGGCUGCCGGGACUGGGAGGCCUUUAAUACCACUGCUGGCUCUUACCUCAUCUACUCCAGCGCCAAAGAACCCCUCUCCAGGGUCCUGAAGCUGCGGACUGGUUGAAGUUACCCAGGACCCCACUUGCCUCCUCUCCCUUCCCCCACCCCCUCCCAGCAGCUGGGCCUGAGCAGAAGGCAAGACCCACCCAACCCUCUUGGGUCUUGGGGUAGGUGAAGAUGCCUUAAUCUCUCCACCCUCUCUGAGCUGGCUCUUUUCCCCUCCCUCAGCUGGUGACUGUACCAGAGCCACAGUCCCGGUGACUGGUGGCCAUAUUUCAGGUGACCCUGGGAUCCUUUAGGCUGAGGCCCAGGGCUGCCACCCAGUUUUGGUGCUCC